GGCAUUGUUUAUACGUGGCGUGCUCACAACACAACACAAGCUGCCUUGAAAAAAUUAACAUUUAUUUAUAAAGAACGUUUAUUUCUACCUGUGAUGGGCUGAAAACCUAAAGAAGCUUUAUUCGUUCUUGUCGUUGCUUCUUUUUCGAGUAUCAAGAACAACCAGAAAGCUUUUUAUUUGGGCAAUCGUUCCGGCAAGUAGAAACGACGUAAGAAUUAUUCGGCUUGAGUUUUGUAUUGUAUAAAAAUAAUUCCGGUGUCAUGGAAGGAGGAGACGGUGGAUUUGAUCCCUGUGAAUGUAUUUGCAGUUACGAUGGGGCGAUGAGGCGUUUGAUUUCACUUCUACGAAGCUCGCAAAGUUAUUGUACCGAUAAUGAAUGUUUUAUGGAACCCCCUGGUCCUCAAGGGAAUGAAGGAAAUGGUGGUUUUAGCAUGAUGGUACUCUUGAUGGGUUGGUUGGUUGCUGCGGUUAUAUUAUUCUUACUUAGACCACAGAACAUGAGGCAGUCUGGAAAUGAAAAACCAACAAACCAGGGUCCAGGACCAACACCUCCAGCACCACCAAUACAGUAAAUUGACAAUAGAACUAUAAAUUUCUGUAUUCAUUUAUUGGCAUUGUGUAAUAGUAUUAGCAUGAUGUCACAAUGCUUAGGACCAUGCUUAAAAAUAUAGUGUGUGAAUAUAUACAUAUAGUUAUGUACUUUAUGAAUAUGUAGAAAAUUUGUAGGUAUGCCAUUAUGCACGUUUGUACAAUGUAUAUUGUGUAAAAAUUUGUAUUUACUUUGAUUUGUAAUGUGAGAAUAUGCUUUGUUUAUAGUCAAGAAAUAAAUAUUGCAAUUGGAUCGUAAGAA